UAUAAAUAUUACGAAUACAAAUACAUUAUAUAAUAUAAACCUAUUUAAAAAUUAUUGUAAAAAUAUGUCUGAAAUUAUUGAAGUAAAAGAGUCAAUCAAUUCUGAAGAUAAAAAGUUUGAUUGGUCAGAUGAAGAAAUUCUAAUGGAUUAUAGAAUUGAAGAUUUAUUUUAUGGUCAUCAUUCAGGUUUAUCUCUUGGUCGAGCAACUUCUAUUAUUCGUUCACGUGCUCAAUCGGCUUAUCUGGUUUACAUUGUUCGUGUCAUCAAAUAUUUAUAUGUCGCUAUAUAUAUGGAUUGGACUAUAAUAUUUAGACAUCCUGUCAAUUUUUUUCUUUUGGUUACAUUCUUUACGACUUCUAUUGCUUUAUUAUUCGUAUCAGCAUUAUUUCUUCCGGGUUAUAAAUUUUGUCGUGAUUUAUUUCGUUCUAAACGUAAUACUGUUAUGAAUACUUGGAGAGAAAUUUCACUGAAAACGAGUCCCAAUAGUGAUUUAAGAAAUGAUUUAAAAGAAGGAAUGAAAUUAUUAGGAAAUAAUAAAAAUGAAACAAAACCAUUGAAUUAUAAAGGUGAAAAUAAAAUUGGCGCAUUGGGUGAAAGAGAAAAUUUAAAAAGAAUUAGUAAACUCAAGGCAUUACUUUUUUUCUCUACUUUGGUUUAUAAACGUGAAUCAGAAAUCACUUCCGUAAUUCAAGGAUGUGUUAGAAAAUUAAAAAGUAAAUUAAAAUAUGACGAUAUCGGGGAUCAAAAAGUUUAUAAAAAUGUUUAUGAAAAAUUAUGUAAAUAUGAAAAGAAAGAAGAAAAUGGAAGAAGGAAUAAUAACAACAGCAACAACAACAACAACAACAACAAUAAUUACACAUUUGAAAAUAUAGAACAUAAAAUUCGGGAUAUGAUUGGUCAAGAUGAAGAACCAAUUAAAGAACAAAUAAAAGAAUUUGAUCUUAAUUUUACUUCUAUCUCAGAAUUAAAUACUGAUGAUGGUGGUUCAUUUUGUGGAAUGUUUUGGUCUAUUAAAGAAAAUUUUAUUAUUAUAUCUUUUAAAGGUACAACUCCAACUAAUUUUGCCGAAUGGUUAGGUAAUCUUACUUUUCAAUGUGUCGAUGCUAGAAAUUAUCUUUUUGGUCAAGUUCAUAGAGGUUUUUAUAAUUAUUUAUUUCCAAUAGAUGAAGAAAGUGCUGGUAAAAAUUAUCCUUGUCAAAAAAUUAUUGAAACAAUUAAUUGUAAAGCUAAAUCUCUUAAAAAUAUUAAUGGUAAAAAAGUUAAUUUAUGGAUAACUGGUCAUUCUCUUGGUGGUGCUCUUGCAACUUUAUUUUAUGCAAGAUUAUUAAAUAUUAAUUAUACUCAUGAUUCUUGGGAACUUCAAGGUGCUAUUACUUUUGCAAGUCCUGCUGUUGGUGAUAUUAAUUUUUCUACUCAACUUGCUUCUUUAAUAAAUGAUCCUAGAAAUUUAGCUAAACCAUUAUGGCGUAUAGUAUUAAAUGAUGAUUUUGUACCAAAAAUGCCUUAUAGAGCUUGUAAUAAAAGAAUGAGGAAAUAUGGUUAUCAUUAUAAUGUAUUAAUGAAUUAUGCUCAAGUUGGUGAUAAAAUCACUUUUUAUGGUGGUGAUCAUGAUCCAACUUCUAUUAAAGAUUUUUUUAAUCAUAAUGAAAAUAUUAUUGAUAAUAAUAUUACUGAACAUAUCAAUCGUCUUAAAUCUUUUUGUAAAAAUUAUUGUAAAGAAAAGAAGAAUAUAUCUUUUAGUAUUUUUAGACAUCGUCAUGGUUCAAAUAGUUAUUUUAGAGCUUUAAUUGAUUAUGAAAAGAAGAUUAGCAAAAAAUAAUGGUUUGGAAGUUUGGAAGUUUGGAA